AUGGCCGCGCAACCUCGUCGAAGAAGCCAAAGGCUGCUGGAGCAGAAGCAGGACUGGAGCACCAUUCUCCCACACGAGCUCUGGGAGCUCAUCAGCAAAAGGUUACCGUCGGGCCGCGACGCCGCGAACUUUCGGGCCAUGUGCAGGCUGUGGCGCGACGUGCUGCCCUUCACCGAGUUUGGGCCGGUGCUGAUGCUGCCCUUCGACCCGGAGUCACCAGACGGCACCGUCACCUUCUACAGGCUGACAGACGGAGAAUUCUUCACCAAGGACCUCCCGGCGCUGCACGGCAAGGAGGUGUGCGGCUCCUCGCACGGAUGGCUGGCCCUCGUUGACGAGGCAGCGUGCCUAACCCUUCUCAACCCGUUCACCAACGCCACCGUCGACCUCCCGCCUACCGACGAGCGAUUCGCCCUCGUCUCUAUGAGAACCGUCAUCAUGCUCGACGGCCGGUGGGUCCACCCAUCUCCGUCCGACGGCGUGCUGCGCGAGACAAAGCUACGCGACAUGCGCGAAGUCUUCUUCCACGAGGUCGUGCUAUCCUCGCCGGCCGACUCCGGCGGCUGUAUUGCCAUGGCGCUGCUCACCGAGUCCUUUGAAGUUGCCUUCUGCCGCGUCGGCGUUGCCGGCGCCUCCUGGACGCUGCUCAACACAGGCCUCAAACAAGACAUCAGCUGCAUCGUCCACUGCCGCAGCAGGUUCCUCGCAAUCACCCACGACGGGCAGGUCUCCAUCUGCAACGUCGGCGGCGCAACUCCGACCGCAAGGCCGGUGCAAUCCUUUGAUCUGCCCAAACAGGUAAACCCUUUAUCCUACCUACAGGUGAAUGGCGAGCUGCACCUCGUGUGCACCGUCGUGCAGCCAGGCUCCACCACCUACAGCACCCGGCUCUACAAGUGCAAUGUAUUUGCCCGGAAACCGGUGUGGUCCAGGGUGAGGAACGCCGGCGAUCUGACAUUGCUCACCUCACAUAAUUUGGCGGUCGGCCAUGCCGGAGGAAGCGUUUCUGGGCUCAAGAAGAAUUCGGUCUACUACUCUGGGCAUCUCAGUGGGUGUAUACAUCAUGACGGAUGCAAGCACAACCCCAACCAUGUGUUAGAGAUCAUCAACGUUGCCAAUGGGUUUAUAGAUCAGGUGUGA